GUCUGUGAAGCACCUCGAGGCGACUGUCAAGGAUAUGUCCGUAGGUGUGGCCCAACAGCAGGCCGGGAUUGAGGAGCUCAAGGUGGAGUCGGACACUUUAGCUCGAACCACGAAGAGGGUGGACGACCUUUGGCGCCAUGUGGAGGGGGUGAAGUCUGACCUCGUUUCCUUGGAAAGAUCUGCCCGAGAAAGUAGGGCCGAGAUUCUGGCUCUCACCUACGGCAGGAGUGCUGGGACCUAUGCUCCGCCAACGGAGCUCCCGAUGUCGCCCUCCGCGAAGCCGCCAAUGUCCCAGCCUGUGGAGCGGCGGGCCAGGGAGUCCAUGCGGCUGUUGGCAGAUGAGCCGCGAACGAUGUAG